UCUCCGUUAGCAUUUUCAUUCCCACAGUUGGUGUUUUCUUCUGAAAUCAACUCCAAAAUUCAACCCAACAAAACCCUAACAUGUCCACCCAGAACGAAGAACAAGUAUCUUCACCUACCCAAUACCAGUCACCUAGAACCCUAGCCCUAGAAAUACCCCUAGAUAUACCAAAUCUUCAUAACUCUGACCAAUUUGAAGAAGAUCAGGAUGAAGACGAUCUAGAGGUGCUUACCCCCGUCUCUCAAUCCACUGUCCCCACUCUCAGCCGCCGUCCUCCUAUCAAACGCAAGAAACUUAACAAAAAAAACCGACGCGCUGCUGCUCUAGGAAAGAAAUGGUUGAAAAAGCUCGGAAUUCUUAAGCAAACCCUAAGACCAAUUCCUUUCCGCCCCAACAGAAACCUAGAUUUCUCCCGCCAUGAACCUCUGUUGAAACGAAUUGGGUUAUGGGAUUUUGUUCAUCUGGAGUUCGACCCCAACAUUCGUACAGAUCUCAUCGCCCAAAUCAUCGCAAAUUACAACUCGAGCGCUCGUAGCAGCUACGUCAACGGUGCAAGAGUCCGUGUGAAUCGGGCGGAUUUGUCCCGCGCAUUGAAAUUGCCGGUAGGGAAGGAUAAGAAUAUCGUCAAUGUGAAUGCGUCGGACGGUUCUGGGGAGUCUUGUGAGAAAGAAUCGGAGGAGUCGAUAGGGUUUAUCCAAGAGGUAGUGUCGAAUUGGAUGCUUUUGCAUGACGACACGUGGAUGAUGCCGCAGGAUGUGCUGAAUUGGAUGAAUAUGAUCAAAGAAGGGAAUUUUGAGAAGACUUUGUGGGCUACUUUGGUUUGGUUUAUGGUGGAGAAAGAGUUAACGGUCUCAAAGUUGGAGAAUUGUUAUUACGCUUCGCAUUUGCAGUGUUUGAUCAAAUGUCAGAAAGCGGAGUUGUUGAGAGAAGAGGUCAAACAGCAGCAGGGGGAGGUGAUAGAGGAGAUCAAAGAAGAAGAGGAGGGGGUGAGAGAGGAAGUCAAAGAGGAAGAAGAGGGGGUGGGAGAGGAGAUCAAAGACGAAGAGGAGGGGGUGGGAGAGGAGGUCAAAGAUGUAGUGGAGGAGGUGAGAGAGGAGGUCAAAGAUGAAGAGGAGGAGGUCAAAGAUGAAGAGAAGGAGGUCAAAGAUGAAAAGGAGAAGGUGAGAGAGGAGGUCAAAUAUGAACAAGAGGAGGUGAGAGGAGAGGUCGAAGAAGAACAAGAGGUGGCGAGAGGAGAGGUUGAAGAUGAACAAGAGGAGGUCAGAGGAGAGGUCAAAGAUGAAGAGGAGGUGAGAGAAGAGGCCAAAGAUGAAGAUGAGGACUGUGAUGGGGAUGUGAAAAUGCAUGAUGGGGUUGAUGAUAGUAAAACAACUGAGUUGGAGGAGCAUAACAUUGAGUUGUGUCUUGGUCAAGAUAAUGUUGUUAAUGUAAAAGAGAAUGUUGUGAAAGAGGAAAAGGAGGUUGUCGGAGAUGAUGAUGUCGUCAAUUUUGGGGGAAAUAAAAAUGAAGAACAACAGGGUCCCUGGUUAUUGGAUGGGAAAAAUGAUGUGGUUGAGAAUGAGCCUUUUUUAAGGGGGUGUACUCUUGGUGAUGAUAAGGUUAUGGAUUGUGAUGAGGAAAGGAAACAAGAAGUGGAAGAAGAAGGAGAGGAAGAGGGAGGAGAAGAAGAGGAGGAGGAGGAAGAACAGCAGCACGAAGCAGGAUUUGCUCUUUCUCCUGAACCUGAUACUUUGGAGAUGGUAUCCUCAGCUAAUCUUAUUCAAGGAAUGGAAACAGUGCAAGUUCCUUUUAAUAAUGGGAUACAGAUUUGUGAUGAUGAUUUGCCUGGGGAGUUUCUUUCGUCUAGGGUUGAUACUCAUACAAAUCCAGGCGCUUCAUCUUCACAUUUUGGUAAUGGGAACAAGAGACCUAUUGAUCAGGAGAAUGAGGUGUCUCAUCUUAGUGGUAGCAAUAAGCGGUUGAGGAGUGGAGGAUCAUGGGUUAAUAAGUCAUCUUCAGAUUUUCACAUGUGUAUGGAGCAAAUACAGCAUUGGAUGGGAAAGGCUACAAUGAUGUAUGAGGCAAAAGAUCAGGUUUGUGAGGAGUCCAAUGUGAAUCAACAAUUUUUAAUUAAUGAAGUGCAGAAGCGGGAUAACAUGAUUGAACACUUGCAUAAGGCGAAGUUGGAGGAACAACAUAAAAGGCAGAUUGAUGUCUAUAAGCUUGAGCGUGAACUUUAUGUUAUGGCAAAUGUCCUUGAGGGAUAUAGAAAGGCUUUGAAAGAGACUCAUAAGGCAUUUGCUGAAUAUAGAGCACGGUGCCCGCAGGCUGAUGAUCCGCUUUACCAGGAUGUUACUGGUGGUGGAGGUUUAGUUCUAAGCACUAUGGAACUGGAAAAGGAACGUGUGAAGCAAGAAGAAGAGAGAAGGAAGCAAGAAGAAGAGAUGAAGCUAGAAGAAGAGACAAGGAAGCAAGAAGAAGAGAUGAAGCUAGAAGAAGAGACAAGGAAGCAAGAAGAAGAAAGAAGGAUGCUGGAAGAAGAAAGAGUGAAGCUAGAAAAUGACAGAAAGAAGCAAGAAGCAGAUAAAAGGAAGCUAGAGGAAGAAGAGACAAUGAACCGUGUGCUAAUUGAAAAGAAAAUUAAGGAGUUUGAAGAAGGAUGGAUUUCAAACUUCGAAGCACAUAAUUGUGGGGUUCAUAUGCUUUCUAUGAAGGUGCUUGAUGUUGAAAAUGAGGUAAAACACUUCAAGGAAUUGCUUGCAAAACAAAAGGUUUCUGAAGAUACAAAAUGCGCUCCAAAUGAGUGAUUGUCUGGUCGGUAAGUCAAUGAAUUGAAUCAUGUUACUAAUAGGUUAAUGGAGAGGAACGUUUAGCCAAAAAAAUUAUAGUUUCUGCACCUCUUUUUCUUCCUAGUUUAUAGAUUUAUGUAUUUAAAUCUUUAGUAUGUGUUGAUAUGUUAAGAUGGCGGCAGAUCAUUUUAGUAGGCUAGAAAUGCUAUACUAUGUUGUCUGCUUGUGAUCACUCAUCAUUUAUGAACGUGCAAUUUGUGCUUCUUGUUUGCCGUUAAAUAUGAGCAAUGAAUUUGCUAAUUCCCUGCCCCCAAGCUCCUCUGUAUUUGGGAUUACGCAAAUUAACUAUUGCCUGAUGAGUUGUUUCUGGGGUGAACUUCUUUGAUAGGUGGUGUCUGCAAACUUGUUCCUUAUUUGUUAUGUUAGCCAUUUACUUGUUUCUUCUUUUAAAACAUGUUUUGUACACUUUCUCAUGAUUGCUAAAAAAAUGA